AAAAAUAAAUAUUUUUCAUAUAAACUUAAUUAACAGGACCAUUUUAAAUUUCAUUCUAUUUUAAAACUUAAAAUGCUAAAAAGUUGAGGCUCAAUUAGACACGUCCAAAAACUUAUAUAGACUGCAAAGUUCAUCCAAAAUAAUCAAAAGAUACAUAUAUACUAUAAUUAGUAGUAGUAUUGAGUGGUCUUGCCUAAUCCAUGGCGAAAUCUAAAGUUGCGGUUGUGAUUGUGCCACUUCCCGCCCAAAGCCACCUCAACCAGCUCCUCCACCUCGGCGCCGUGCUAUCCUCCCGCGGCCUCCCCGUCCACUUCGUCGGUUCCGCCACCCACAACCGCCAGGUCAGACUCCGCGCCGCUGGCCUAAAACCCAGCGCCGCCGCCAAAAUCAAAUUCCACGACUUUCCAACUUCGCCAAUCGCGGCGCCGGAACCAGACACGACUACUGCAGACAAACUCCCCAUCCAUCUAGCGCCAGCUGUCACGGCUUACAUGGAAUUGAGCAGCCCGAUCUGCUCGCUCGUGCGUGAGCUCUCCGUGGAAGCUUCUAAAAUCGCCGUGAUUUACGAUAGGCUCGUUUCUCCGGUGGUUAAGGAUGCCGUCGCGAUUGAAAACGUCGAAUCGUACGCCUUCUCCUGCUUGUCGGCGCUGAAUUUGUUCUGCGUUUUCUGGGAGAACUUGGGAAGGCCGUUCGAUGUGGCAGGGGAGAUUAAUCGUUGGCCUUCUGUGACGGAAUUUUUUCCGGAAUCUACUCUCAAAUUCAUCGCAACUACGCCUGCGCAUUUUGAUGAGAGAUGUGGGGAUAUAUAUAACACGAGCAGAUUGAUUGAAGCUAAAUACAUCGAUCUUCUUCGGAGAGAAGAGAUCGGCGGCGGGAAGAAGCAGUUCGCGAUCUGGCCGAUUUGGCCGCGAAAUUUACACUAUGCGAAAUCACGACAUGAGUGUUUGGAAUGGCUGGAUCGGCAAUCUUCGAGAUCAGUUAUAUAUGUGAGUUUCGGGAGCAGUAUUUCAAUGACGAAAGAAGAGAUCGGAGAGCUGGCGGCGGGGCUGGAGCAGAGCGGGGAGAAGUUCAUUUGGGUGGUGAGGGAGGCGGAUAGGGCGGAUAUAUUCGCCGGAGAGGGCCGGGGGAUUGAGCUGCCGUUAGGGUUUGAGGAGAGGGUGAGAGAGAGGGGCAUUGUGGUGAGAGAUUGGGCGCCGCAGCUGGAAAUUCUCGCGCAUCGAUCGACCGGCGGGUUCAUGACACACUGCGGCUGGAAUUCGUGCUUCGAGAGCAUGAUUUAUGGGGUUCCGGUGGCGGCGUGGCCGAUGCAUUCCGAUCAGCCGUUGAAUGCGAUUUUAUUGACGGAAGUUUUGGGGAUUGGCGUGGUUGUGAGGGAGUGGGAGGCGAGGGAGGAGGUGGUGGGUGCUGCGGUGAUCGAGGAUGUGGUGGGGAGGCUGCUGUCGACGGAGGAAGGAGCGGAGAUCAGGAAGAGGGCGGAGGAGGUGAGCGCCGCCGUCAGGAAAUCGAUGGAGGAAGGUGGUGAGUUAUGCAGAGAACUCGAUUGUUUUAUUGCCCAUAUUACUAGAUAGGAAGUUGAUUUAUUUUUUUUCCAAAAGAGAUCGAUAAGUAGUUCUCUGUUCUUGUCUAAAAAUAUACUAUAACCAUUACGCAACUAUAAUCUUGAAAUAUUUGUAUUUUAUUUUAGUUGCUUUAUUACCUGCAAAAAAAAAAAAAUAGUACUUGCUUUAUUAAUAGAUCGAGCAAAAAAAAGAACUUUAUCAUAUUUUAUUUAUGAAUAUUUUUAUAUAUUGUG